CACAUGUCUUGCCGUCUUGGUGACUGAUGAUGUGACGUUGAAACGAAGUGUGUAACUGUGUAUGUUGUGAAUUAAGUUCGUUAUAAUAUUGCAGCAAGAUGAGUUUGAGUCUGAUUCCUGAAGAGAGAAUACGAGCUAUUGGAUCAGUGUUGAACGACCAGGAAAGGCCGCUGAAAGAAAGAUUUAGAGCAUUAUUCACAUUGAAAAACAUAGGCGGACCUGUUGCUGUUGAAUGUAUUAAGCAAUGUUUUAAUGAUCCUUCGGCGUUACUGAAACAUGAACUGGCAUACUGCCUUGGGCAGAUGCAGGAUCCCAUCGCAAAUCCUAUUCUGAUAGAUAUUUUGAGAGACCGUAAUCAGGAGCCCAUGGUCAGACAUGAAGCAGCUGAAGCACUUGGAGCAAUAGGAUCAAUGGAAGUAUCUGACAUUCUAAGGAAAUAUGUUGAAGAUCCAGCUGUUGAAGUAGCUGAAACAUGCCAAUUAGCUUUAGCAAGGAUUGAGUGGUUUCAUAAAUCCAGGGAACCAAAUGAUCAGCGGAAGAGUCCAUAUGCUUCAGUGGACCCAGCUCCACCAUCAUCUGAAAAUGAUGUACCCCAUCUGAAGAACAUCUUGUUGGAUGAGAAUAGCAGUCUGUUUGAUAGAUACAGGGCUAUGUUUGCCUUAAGAAAUAUUAACACAGAGGAAAGCAUAUUGGCAUUAUGUGAAGGGCUAAAAGUCGGAGGUGCCCUAUUUCGUCACGAGAUUGCUUUUGUAUUAGGACAAAUACAAAGUGCGGUAUCUGUUCCGUUUCUGGAGGCAUCCUUGAAAGAUGCUUCUGAAAAUGAAAUGGUGCGCCAUGAAUGUGCAGAAGCUCUGGGAGCUAUUGCAUCUCCGGAAUGCUUUGAAAUACUAAAGGAUUACCUGCAGGAUCCAAAACGUGUUGUGAAGGAGAGCUGUGAGAUUGCCCUUGAUAUGUGUGAAUAUGAAACAAGUACUGAGUUCCAAUAUGCUGAUACAUUGCUGAAAGUCCAUUGAAUAUAUGAUUGUCAUCAGCAAUGUAUUACAGAUCCAUCUAUGUAACUAUCUAUAUAUGUACCAACUUACCUAUAUAUUGAUAAAGGUAAUGUGAUGGAACUAUUGUAACAUAUGUAACUGUGAAAGAGCUUGAAUAGUGUGAAAAUUUCUGUAAAAUUUUCCCAUUACCAAGUAAAUUUGUGUGACAAACCUCUCUCACUGGUCACAAAAAAUAAAUAAUCACUUGCAAUGCAAAAAAAAUGGCAUUUUCAAUAGAAUUGAGUCAGUGAACUUGGAGACUUCUUAUACCUGAAGAAUGUAAUUUUAGCAGAGGUACACGAACCUUAUUCUAUCCUAAAGGAUUGAUAGUAUAGAAUGUAAUUAAUAAUCAUUGUGCCUUUUUACAAUAUUAAUAGCUUUCAACCUGUUGUUAAGACUCAUUUUGUUAGAUAAUCAAGUGAUAAUAUCGAUAAGUCAGUCUGCUAAUGCACUCAAUGUAAUUUUGAUGAGUUUCUUGGUGUGGACACACUUUGAUAUCUGAUUUCAUUUACAUUUGAGACUAGUGUGUCAAGGACUUUUCAAUGCAUGUAGAUGUGAUAAGUUACUUGAUAAGUAUAUCUUUCCACCAUGUCACAAAAGUCGUAACAUGAGCUGAUGUACAGGAUUUUUACCCAUAGCGUCUUUAACUGUAAUGAACAUUAUGCUGCAUCAAAAAGCAUUCCCGGGCAGAAGAAAUCAGUCACACAAG